UAAAAGUGAAACUGAAUCAGGACGCUCACAUCAAAAAGUAACCUUUAUCGUUACAAAACGUCCCAGUUUAUUCAUUACUGGAUGUUCAGUAACUUUGAGACUGUAAACAGAAAAAUUGCAACCAGCUGAAAAACAGUAAAGCAUUAAAGCUGUAAAAAAGAAAUGGCAGAAUCCUCAUCACAGCUACCACCUGAGAAAAAGAGGCGUAGGACUGGCCAAGAUGAGUUUGCACAUGACUCCAGCAGCUUCCUGUCUGAGGAGCAGUUCGUGUGUUCUGUCUGUCUGGAUGUGUUAGCUGAUCCAGUCUCCACUCCAUGUGGACACAACUUCUGCAGGACCUGCCUUACACAUUGCUGGGACAAUACUCCACGAUGUCUGUGUCCAUUAUGUAAUGAAAUAUUCACUAAGAGACCUGAACUCAAGAUUAACACAACACUGAGAGAGGUAGUGGAUCACUUCAAGAAGAAAAGCAGUCUUGAUAAGCCUGAUGUUCUUUGUGAUGCCUGCACUGGAGUGAAGUCAAAGGCUGAAAAAUCCUGUCUGGAUUGUGGUCUGACAUAUUGUAAGUCUCAUCUAGACCCUCAUAAUAAUGUUCCAAAACUUAAGAAACACAAACUACUAAACCCUGUGAAGAACCUGGAGGACUACAUAUGCCAGAAGCAUGAGAGACCCCUGGAGCUGUUCUGUAGAAAGGACAAGAUGUGUGUGUGUCAGUUCUGCACUGAGGGAGAACACAAGACUCACAACACUGUUCCUCUAGAGGACGAGAGUAGAGAGAAAAGGACACAGCUGGGAAAGACACAAUCAGAGGUACAGCAGAUGAUCCAAGAGAGACUGAAGAAGAUCAAAGACAUCAGACACUCAGUAGAGCUUGGAAAAACAAACACAGAAAAAGAGAUUGCAGACAGUGUUGAGGUCUUUGGUUCUCUGAUGUGCUCCAUUACGAGAAACCAGGCUGAACUGCUUCAGGUGAUGGAGGAGAAGCAGAAAGCAGCAGAGAGGCAGGCUGAAGGACUCAUUAAAGAUCUGGAGCAGGAAAUCACUGAUCUAAAGAGGAGAGACACUGAGCUGGAGCAGCUCUCCCACACUGAGGACCACAUCCACCUCCUACAGAUGUACCCAGCCCUGAGCAGCCCUCUACACACCAAGAACUGGACUGACAUCAGUACUGACACUGAUUUGAGUAUAAAAACUGCAAGUACAGUUCUGUCUCAGCUUCAGAAGAAUCUGAAUAAGAAACUUAAUCUAACGAUAAAUAUAAAGUUGAGAGAAACAGUCACAGAAUUGAAGAGGAGUCAACAGUAUUCAGUGGAUGUGACUCUGGAUCCUGAUACAGCUCAUCCCAGACUCAUCCUGUGUAAUGAUGGAAAACAAGUGUCAUAUGGAGACGCAAAGCAGAAUCUCCCUGACCACCCAAAGAGGUUUGAUAGGUGUCCUGUUGUCCUGGGAAAGGAGGGGUUCUCUUCAGGGAAAUUUUACUAUGAGGUGCAGGUCAAGGGAAAGACACAUUGGGAUGUAGGAGUGGCCAGAGAGUCUGUUAACAGGAAGGGGCAGAUUACACUGAGCCCUCAGGAUGGAUGUUGGACUGUGUGCCUCAGGAAUGGGAAUGACUAUAAAGCUUGUGAUGCUCCUUCUAUCCCCCUCACAUUGAAGGAGAAGCCCCAGACGGUGGGGGUGUUUGUGGAUUAUGAGGAGGGUCUGGUCUCCUUUUAUGAUGUGGAGGCCAGGUCUCAUAUCUACUCUUUCACUGGUCAGUCUUUCACUGAGAAACUCUACCCAUACUUCAGUCCUUUUACUUCUGUGAAGGGUACAAACUCGGCUCCACUGAUCAUCUCUCAUAUAUUUAAGACUGAAUGAAUACAUUUGAAGCACUUCAAUCUAUAAAACUACAAGAACAGAAAAAAAAGACAUUUUCUGUGUUACCAAUGGUGAAAGCAUAUCAACAGAGUAGUAAUCUGCAAUUUUGUUCUGUUAAAAAAACAGUACAUAAAAUAUUACUUAAUGCUGAAUCUAAACAUUCAGCAUAUAAACUGCAAGGAAUACCACAAGGAAAAUACCCACAGUUGUUUUUUAAAUAGUAAUAUUUAAACUAUCUUCUCCCUUGGACAUGUACAAGUAUAUGUACUUGAAAUGUAUAUCCUUACAUUGUUGUAUUCAUGAUUAAUGGUGAAAGUUAUUUUACCUCUGAAAGUCUUACUGUUUUUGUUUCAUCAAUAAAGAUUUACUUUACUGAU